GGAGAACAGCGUGUGGUUGUCGGACCAGGUUCCAUUGAGUUGACGGGAACACAUCACAGGGGGUGAAUGAAGAGGGGCGUCGAACAAAAAUAUAAUUCAAACUCAACAUACCAUUCUUUGGGUUUGAGUUCAUGGAUCUGUGACGAUUAGACUAGGYGUUUAUUAUUUUUGCUGUUAUUUUUCUGUUGUUGAAGGUGUUUAAAGGUGUAGGGAAACUGUCGGCGAAGAUUUUAAUCAGAAUGCUGCUGGUCUGAAACAAAGGGUUCGGGACUCCGGAGUGUUGCAGUGGUAAAAACAGGUUAAAAGGGUGGACAGUGGCCACAACUCACCACUGGCAAGAUGGAGCGGGAGGAGCAGUGGUGGACGUGCCAGCUCGCUGCAGACAUCCACCAGUCUCUACGAAUAAAGGAGCUGAAGUUGCCUACAUACAAGGCCCACUCUCCUCAGAUCAGGAUGCGGCGUUACUUUUCUGACCUGCUGGCUGUCCUCAGUAACCGCUACCAGCUGUGCCCAGCGGCUCGCCACCUGGCCGUCUACCUCCUGGACUUGUUUAUGGACCACUACGACGUGGCAGUCCGCCAACUCUACGUCAUCGCCCUCUCCUGUCUCCUCCUAGCCAGUAAGUUUGAGGAGAAGGAGGACUGUGUGCCAAAGCUGGAGCAGCUCAACUCUCUGGGCUUCAUGUGCAGUCUGAACCUGUCACUGACAGAGAAGGAUCUGGUCAAGAUGGAGCUGCUUCUCUUAGAGACGUUUGGCUGGAACCUGUGUAUGCCCACGCCAGCACACUUCAUAGACUACUACCUCCAUGCUGCUGUACAGGACGGAGACCUGCACAACGGCUGGCCUCUCUCCUCCCUCAACAAGACCAGAGCCUUCAUGGACAAAUACACACACUACUUCCUGGAAGUCUCACUGCAAGACCAUGCCUUCCUGGGUUUCCGGCCGUCCCAGGUGACAGCAGCUUGCAUUGCGGCGUCCCGCAUCUGUCUCCAGAUCACCCCCAGCUGGACCACCGUCCUCCGCCUGCUCACCGGAUACUCCUGGGACCACCUCACCCAGUGCAUAAAGCUGAUGCUGCUUGCCCAUGACAACGAUGUGAAACAGGCCAACAAAUCCACGUCCAACUCUCCGUCUGGCCAGAGCCCUCACCAACCCCAGGCCCAUCCCUCGCCCUCCACAGUCUCCUGCUCCACCCUGAUACAACCCUCUUCUGGCUCCCAGCAGCUGCUCUUCCAGACAGGUGGCUACCAGCAGCACCUCACCCAGCACUCUACUUCCGUUUCCCAGAUGCACAUGCUAGGUGAGUCCCAGGCUCUAGGCCCUGUUGGGUCUCAGGACUACCUCCAGUCCCACCAGACAGGGCUCCUCUCAGGCUCGGUUUCUCAGGGAGCCUUCCCRGCCUUCCCCAGCCUGACCUCAGGACUGGGCUCCUCCCUGCCCCUCCAGGGACCCAUCUCCAUGCAAGUGGUCCUUGCUGCAGAGCCCCGUCACUGUCUCGGCCUGUCCUACGGGGGAGGCUACCUGGGCUCCCAUCACACCUUCACAGCAGGCUGCUUCGACAGGUGACGCCAGGAGAGGGAGGACGAACUGAACCUGGGCCAGUCGGUGUCCUCCACCUGUCCUGACUCCCUGUCCUCCUCCACKUGUCCUGACCUCAUCCACCAAGGACGAAGGAAACCAAAAGGAAGAAGCAAUGUCAACGCAGAUAWUGCUGCGGUUUUGACCUAACAAAGGUCCUAACUAUUUGAAAUGACACAAUAUUUGUGAUGAGUUGUUUACAUACAGUAUGUUCUGUUCCUUUCACAUGACUGCUUGAUCUAUGCUGAGAGACUGUGAGGCUGGUAUGGCCAAUGUGAUUCUGAUAUCGACUGUGAUUCUGACUCCCUGCUUCCACACKAUUUCUCUCAAUGUGGGACAUCUGUUUUUUUUAUUCUAGUAUCUUUCAAUGCUGCUGCCUUAAACAAAAUGAUGGCUUUAUGAUCAUGCAAGUGGUCUGUCUUUGGUAUUGUUUACAUCCGUGGUUGUCAAACCUCUCCUCAGGGACCGCCAGACAUUUCAAUUUUGUUGUAGCUCUGAACUAGUUCACCUGAUUCACCUAUUCAAGGGCUUGAUGAUUAGUUGACAAGUUGAAUCAGGUGUGUUAGCUCUAGAAUAAAUAAAAUACCUGGAACGGCUGGGGGUCCCUGAGGAGAGGUUUGAGAACSACUGGUUUACAUGAACAAUACCAUAUAUCAGGGUGUUAGAUGGAUUACUUGGGAGGGGGGAAGCUGUAUUUUAACAGCUGUGUCAAUUAAUUCCUUUUUUUAUGUUGUGUUUAACUUCUACUGGUUAAAGACGUGUGUAUUGUAAUGUAGGAGAGAUGUCUCACUGAGAUUUCUGUUCUAUUCMUUGUCCUUGGCRMGUGUUUUAUUUUUUUAUGUAACCUUUAUUUAAUUAGGCAYGUAAGUUUUAAGAACAAAUUCUUAU